CUAAAGUCCUAUGGAAAUGAUCAACAUUUAAGCACCUAAGGUCACAUAUUUAUGUCUGGAUAAAGUCUAGGACUUGGGAAUGUCAUGAAGUUAACUGAGCUUUGAAUAUUUAAAUAGUCCACUUACCACAAUGUGAUGAUACCAUCCCUUUCUUUGACUACCUCAGGUACUGUGAGUUUGUUAGGGGGAAAAAAGUUUAUAUAAGAGAGGUUUUGUUGAGAUAAAUUUCUAGAACUAAAUCCCCUUUGGGGACUCCCUUUCGCUCUUGGGCACCAAGUUUUGUGUGCACUUAGACAAGGAGUCAGGAUCCCGCGGCUUGGAGAAUUCCUCCUGCUAGCAACGCUCUCUUGGUAUCUGCUGCCUGGUCUCUGGUGCUGAUGCUGAUAAGGGAUGAGCUAGAGUUUGGGUUCUGAUCUGAACUGGUGAGUGAGUGACGGUGCCUUUGUCUUGUGAUUUCAUCCCUAGCUGCCCCACCGUUAAUGCCAGUGGCAGAAUGGAUGGGCUAGAUCGUCCGCAGUGCCUGAGGUCUUUCCAAAGAAAUGUUUGAAACAUUUUAUGUUAGAGAAAAGUAGCCAGUGCUUUUGUUUUCAGUUAAGUUUCGGUUCUGAGGACAAACUAGUGCCUGACAUAAAGGGUCAAACAGUGCCUUAAGAUAUCUCUGACAGGCAGGUAGGACAGGUGCUGCUGUCACUGCCCAUUUUACAGAUGAAAAAGAGGGGAAGUGCCUCUCCUAUGGUGGUCCAGAGAUGGAAGCCCAGCUUGGGAUUCCGCACCCUCCCCUGCUUAAGCCAGGUCUCAGAGCUGGUCCUCGGACAAGGCCUAUUAACUUGUCAGCCACAUCGAGGCUCCCGAUUUCCUGUGUCAUGUGGUUUUGUUCUUGAUGGGGAAAGCAGAGGUGCAGGCCUUGGGGCAAGAUUUAAAACGAGGAGGCUUGGUUGUUAGGUUGUUUAUUUUUGUUUUAAACCUAAUUGUAGAAUUGGAUGUUUGGCAGAGCGCAGAGGCCACUUUCAGAAAUGAGAGCCGUGGAUGACUCUUUUUCCCUUGUCCGGUGGACGUCUGAGGGCAUUGGAGCCGUGGGCUGCUGCUGCGUACCCUGAACAUCAGUGCUUUAGCUGCCAACCUGCUGUGUUCUUUUCUAGAAUGAAUGAGAUGAACCUGAGUCCCGUGGGGAUGGAGCAGCUCGCUUCAUCCUCUGUGAGCAAUGCCUUGCCAGUCUCAGGAAGCCACCUCGGCCUGGCCGCCUCACCUACUCACAAUGCCAUCCCUGCCCCAGGACUGCCCGUUGCAAUUCCCAACCUUGGUCCCUCCUUAAGCUCUCUGCCUUCUGCCUUGUCUCUGAUGCUCCCGAUGGGCAUUGGUGAUCGGGGGGUGAUGUGUGGGAUACCGGAGAGGAACUACCCUCUCCCUCCCCCGCCGUACCCGCACCUGGAGAGCAGCUACUUCCGGCACAUCCUACCUGGCAUCUUGUCUUACUUGGCCGACAGGCCCCCUCCUCAGUACAUCCACCCGAACUCCAUCAGCGUGGACAACAACCCCGCCCUGGCCGUCCCCAACAACCCCUCGGCCUUAGACCCCUAUCAGCCCGGCGGCAGCGUCGGCCUGGAGCCGGGCAUCGUGCCCAUGGAUUCGCGUGCGGUCGGUGCCCACGGGGCGCAGGGUCUCCAUCCUGGGGACGGCCACGACGUGGCCCUGGACACCGCCAUCAGCAUGGAGAGCGUCUCCAGAGUGACCAGCCCCAUCUCCACGGACGGCAUGGCGGCUGAGGAGCUGACCAUGGAGGGGGUGACUGGGGAGCACUCCCAGAUGCCAAACGGCUCCAGGAGCCACGAACCUUUGUCUGUGGACCCGGUGGGAAACAACUUGGCGGCGGAGGCCGUGGGGCACGGGGGCGUGAUCCCUCUGCACGGGAAUGGCUUGGAGCUCCCCGUGGUCAUGGAGACGGACCACAUGGCCGGCCGCGUCGGGGGGAUGCCUGAGGGCGCCCUCGCCGACUCCAUCCACACGGUGGCCAUGAGCACUAACUCUGUCAGCGUGGCCCUCUCUACACACAGCCUCGCCUCCCUGGAGUCCGUUUCCCUGCACGAGGUGGGCCUCAGCCUCGAACCCGUGGCCGUGUCCUCCAUCAGCCAGGAGGUGGCCAUGGGCUCAGGCCACGUGGACGUCGCCUCGGACAACCUCUCCUUUGUGCCGCCAUCCCUGCAGAUGGAAGACUCCAAUUCCAACAAGGAGAACAUGGCGACCUUGUUCACCAUCUGGUGCACACUCUGUGACCGAGCCUACCCCUCAGAUUGCCCUGACCACGGACCGGUGACUUUUGUUCCAGACAGCCCAAUCGAGAGCCGAGCCAGGCUGUCUCUGCCAAAGCAGCUGGUCCUCCGCCAGUCUCUCCUGGUGGCAGAUGUGGGUGUGUGGACUGGAGAAACCAUUCCUGUUCGGACUUGCUUUGGGCCCCUGAUUGGCCAGCAGAGUCACUCUAUGGAAGUAGCAGAUUGGACAGACAAGGCAGCUAAUCAUAUCUGGAAGAUAUACCACAACGGUGUCCUCGAAUUCUGUAUCAUUACAACAGACGAAAACGAAUGUAACUGGAUGAUGUUUGUGCGCAAAGCCAGGAACCGGGAGGAGCAGAAUCUGGUGGCUUAUCCUCACGAUGGGAAGAUCUACUUCUGCACCUCCCAGGAUAUCCCUCCGGAGAACGAGCUGCUUUUUUAUUACAGCCGGGAUUAUGCCCAGCAAAUCGGGGUUCCCGAGCACCCAGACAUGCACGUCUGUACCUGUGGCAAGGAGUGUAACUCCUACGCCGAGUUCAAGGCCCACCUGAGCAGCCACAUCCAGCAGCACCUCCCGAGCCAGAGCCACGGAGGCGGCGGCCACGGGCCCACCCACAGCAAGGAGAGGAAGUGGAAGUGCUCCAUGUGCCCGCAGGCCUUCACCUCGCCCUCCAAGCUCCACGUGCACUUCAUGGGCCACAUGGGAAUGAAGCCCCACAAGUGUGACUUCUGCAGCAAGGCUUUCAGUGACCCCAGCAACCUGCGCACGCACCUGAAGAUACACACGGGCCAGAAGAACUACAGGUGCGCCUUGUGUGACAAGUCCUUCACCCAGAAGGCUCACCUGGAGUGUCACAUGGUCAUCCACACUGGGGAGAAGAACCUGAAGUGCGAUUACUGUGACAAGCUCUUCAUGAGGCGGCAGGACCUCAAGCAGCACGUGCUCACUCACACGCAGGAACGGCAUUUCAAGUGCCCCAAGUGCGAGAAGCUCUUCUUGAGGACCAAUCACUUGACAAAGCAUCUCAACUCCCAUGAGGGAAAGCGGGAUUACAUCUGUGAAAAGUGUUCCAAGGCCUACCUGACCAAGUACCACCUGACCCGCCACCUGAAGAUCUGCAAAGGCCCCGCCUCCAGCUCCUCAGCACAGGAGGAGGAAGAGGAGGAAGAGUCAGAGGAAGAGGAGCCAGGAGAGGCCGCAGGAGCCGAGGGCUGUCGGCUGGGCGGGGCCGUGUAUGCCGCCGCAGAGGUCCUGCCUGGACGCAACUGAGGCCGGACCGGGCGGGUGCGGGGAGAGUAGGGGGACCCAGCCAGCAGCCGAGACAGACUAAAGGACAAGGGGCAAAGCACUUAGAGAAGCCUGGAUCCUCCGGCCCACCCUGGGAGGGAAGACCAGACCACAGACUCAGAACUUGCAAAGGGCCACGUCUGAGCCACACAGAACCUCCAGGCCCAGCGGCCAAUGAGGAUCCUCUGUAGUGUCUCUCCUGCCUCGGGGCUCCCCCUUUUCUGGUCAGCACAUCAUCGCUCCCCCAGCCAGAAGGCCCCUCGGGGCUGCAGCCUCAACCUAGGCUGCCACAUGGGCGCCAGAAAUGAGUCUUUCUCCUUGGAUCUGGACUCACCUGUGACACCCACCGCCAGGGUUCUGGGGGCACUGAUAGUUUGUAGGGGAGGCCAAGGGAGCUAGGCUAGAGCCACAGAAGGGGGGCUCUGCCAAAAGGGGGGGGCACCAGGGGCUAAAGAGGGGUACCAUCUGGCUGUCACAUUUUGGGCAGACCCUUGAGGUUUUAUCAUCCACAUGGCAUUGCCUUCCAAGUGUGGCCUCUGGGGCUCUGGGCAAACCAGCACCCUCCAGGGCCCUAGAACUGCUUCCAGGCUCUUCAAGCAUGAGGGGCCCUGCACCCUGGGCCUAUAGCGCCUCUUGGCCGUUGAGGGGGGGACACUGUCUGGCACAGAUUGCUUCUUAGAGAUGGCAUCCUCUGGGCUGGGUGCAGAGGUGACCGGGAAGGUGUUGCUGCUAAACUAUUUAUUGAAUGAAUGUUUUUCAUUCAAACCUGUACUCUAGGAAAAAAUUAAAACCAAUUUUUAAAGAAGAGGCCCAUUUGCAGUGUGUGCGAGGGUGUGUGCACGUGUGUGCAUUGUGUGUGUGUGAAUCCCAGCCGAGGAAGACGUUCCAUUAGCAUCGAACGGGGUCCCAGGUGGGCAGCGCUCUACCUUGGAGGCCAUCCUUCCCACCCCCACCCCCACCCCCCACUGCUGCCUCCUUUUUCUCCUGUCUCAGCUCCUCCACUCCUGAGCUUCUCUGAAGGAAGGAAGGUGGUGAGAACGUCAAACUUGGGGUGCCGGCGUGAAAUCCAACAAAGGUAGACUGAGGCAACUUUUCUCCAAGCAAGACACUAAGGGGCCCUGCCAGCCUGUAGAAAGGGGCGAUGGCUUGCCCCAAUUUAUCCAAACUUAAUUUUAUAGGCAUUGGUUAUAAAGUGAGCAGCGUCGAGGUGGGGAAAGCGGACAUGAGCACCCCUCCCUCUCUAGGUGGGAUCCUGGGGCUAGGGGCAGUGGGCCAGGGAUCUAGGCUUUGUGGCUCCUGACAGAAUGAGCUAAGACGGCCUCCAUUGGGCAAGGAGUAGCAGAAGAAAGGGCAGGUGAGCUGGGGUGCUCCCAGAGGUAACUUACACAUGGCAUGGAGUUUCUCAGGAACUGAGAUUGGAAGAACACACUUCCUUGGCACAAAGUGGUUUACAUGUGAUGGUAGGAUAACAGUUACCUUAGAAUUGGAGAUUUUUAUAAGAAUAUUAAACCUUGAAACUUGGCUCAGAGUUUUGGU